GGUUGGGAGAGCAGGUGACGCUCUAGGCGAGCUCGUACGAGUCUCUAUGGUGCCGAGCGCUCCUGUGCGCCGCUCCCGCGAGUCCGGGCGGACGUUGCCCCUUUAAUCGGCGGAGGGCGGUGCCGAGGAGGUCCCGCGAGAGCGGCGGGGGGCGGGGGGCGGUGCCGAGGCUGGGGGCCUGUGGCGGAUGGAGCCCGCGAUGGAGCCGGAGACUCUGGAGGCGCGAAUCAACAGAGCCACAAACCCCCUGAACAAGGAGCUGAAUUGGGCCAGCAUCAACGGCUUCUGCGAACAGCUCAACGAGGACUUUGAGGGGCCCCCGCUUGCCACCCGGCUGUUGGCUCACAAGAUCCAGUCACCGCAGGAGUGGGAAGCGAUCCAGGCGCUGACGGUACUGGAAACGUGCAUGAAGAGCUGCGGCAAGAGGUUCCACGAUGAGGUGGGCAAGUUCCGCUUCCUCAACGAGCUCAUCAAGGUCGUGUCUCCCAAGUACCUGGGCUCUCGGACGUCAGAGAAGGUGAAGAACAAGAUCUUGGAGCUCCUUUACAGCUGGACAGUCGGCCUGCCCGAGGAGGUGAAGAUUGCAGAGGCCUACCAGAUGCUGAAGAAGCAGGGGAUCGUGAAGUCAGACCCCAAGCUUCCAGAUGAUGCUGCCUUUCCCCUUCCUCCUCCACGACCCAAGAAUGUGAUCUUUGAAGAUGAGGAGAAGUCUAAGAUGCUGGCCCGCUUGCUGAAGAGCUCCCACCCCGAGGACCUCCGAGCAGCCAACAAACUCAUCAAGGAGAUGGUUCAGGAGGACCAGAAGCGGAUGGAGAAGAUCUCAAAGCGGGUGAGUGCCAUCGAGGAGGUGAACAACAACGUGAAGCUACUGACGGAGAUGGUGAUGAGCCACAGCCAGGGCGGCGCUUCUGCCCGCAGCAGUGAGGACCUCAUGAAGGAGCUGUACCAGCGCUGUGAGCGGAUGCGGCCCACGCUCUUCCGACUGGCGAGUGACACAGAAGACAAUGAUGAGGCCCUAGCCGAGAUCUUGCAGGCCAACGACAACCUCACCCAGGUCAUCAACCUGUACAAGCAGCUGGUGAGGGGCGAGGAGGUCAACGGUGACGCCGCAGUGGGCUCCAUUCCGGGGAGCACCUCGGCCCUGCUGGACCUCUCAGGCCUGGAUCUCCCUCCCGCGGGCACCACCUACCCAGUCAUGCCCACCCGCCCCGGUGACCCGGUCAGCCCCGAGCAGCCUAGCACCUCCGUUUCCCUGCUCGACGAUGAGCUCAUGUCUCUGGGCCUAAGCGAUCCCACACCCCCUUCGGGCCCAGGCUUGGAUGGUGCUGGAUGGAAUAGCUUCCAGUCAUCUGAUGGCGCAGAACCCCCCGCCCCGCCUCGGGUCCCCAGCGCGGAUAGCCAGCCCCCGGCACCGAUGUCUCUGCCGGCGAGCAGCGGUCUGGACGACCUGGACCUCCUGGGGAAGACCCUCCUGCAGCAGUCCCUGCCCCCGGAGUCCCAACAAGUGCGGUGGGAGAAGCAGCAGCCAGCCCCCCGGCUCACACUCCGGGACCUACAGAAUAAAAGCAACUGCAGCUCAACCAGCUCCAGUGCCACCGGCCUCCUCCACGCGGCGUCCCCCGAGCCCCCUGGGCCUCCGCAGCAGCCCACGACGACCGAGCUGUCGCUGGCCAACAUCACUGUGCCCCUGGAGUCCAUCAAACCCAGCAGCAUCUUGCCAGUGACGGUGUAUGACCAGCAUGGCUUCCGGGUCCUCUUCCACUUUGCCCGCGACCCGCUGCCCGGACGCUCGGACGUGCUGGUGGUGGUGGUGUCCAUGCUGAGCACCGCCCCCCAGCCCAUUCGCAACAUCGUUUUCCAGUCGGCUGUCCCCAAGGUCAUGAGAGUAAAGCUGCAGCCGCCCUCAGGCACGGAGCUGCCGGCGUUUAACCCCAUCGUCCACCCCUCGGCUAUCACCCAGGUCCUGCUUCUCGCCAACCCCCAGAAGGAGAAGGUUCGCCUCCGCUACAAGCUUCUCUUCACCAUGGGCGACCAGACCUACAACGAGAUGGGGGAUGUGGACCAGUUCCCCCCACCUGAGACCUGGGGAAGCCUCUAGAACAGGGAGGGGCGGGGGAGAGGAGGGGGGAACAGGACUGGCCACUGUCUGGCCUGCGGGGGGAAGGCCGUGGUGGCCUAGGACACCCUAUGUUCCCACGGCGACAUCCCCUGGGCCUGGUGCUUCUCCCCUCACCCCUGCGGCCCUCUCCUUACUCGUCUCCUCCCCUGCGCAGAUGGACCCAGCCGAAGACUGGGCCUGGGUUUGCACUGCUGGGGACCUUGGCCACAGGGGAGAGCCUAGAGCAGGGAACGGCUGUCUGGCCCUGGAAGGACUUGGGGUCAUGGGGGAGAAGCAUGGCUGUCGGGCAGGGGCCAGGACCUCAGGCCCAGCCCUGACCCCAGCCUGGGGUGGGGUCAUCCCCACCCGUCUCUUAUGCCUUAUGGGAAGGCCCAGCCAUAACUUGGGGGCCAUGCUGGAGCGGGAACCAGCUCAGGCCUCCUCCGUAGGAACCGGGUGACUGGCGGGGGGGUGACGCCUGCACCCCCAGCUCUUUGCACUCUCUGCUGUGUGGUUUGACUCUCUUUGCUUUUCUUUCUCAGUGGCCCUGUGGUCACCAUCUCAGGGGGCCCGGUUGGGGGAGCCCCACCCGUCCCCCACUCCUCGUGGGGCUUUCGCUCCACCCGCCCGCCCCCUUGGCCAUCAGGCUUCUUGCGGGGCUGUGGGGGCUGUGACUGCUGGCCCCCCGAAGGUCACGCCAGAGCCGGGUGGCCCCAGCUGGAGGCUCAGGGCCACUGGGGUUCCCGGGGCGUCCCCUUCAGUCCCUGGCCUCUGCCGGGGCCUCCUGUGGGCAGCUCACCUCUGCCCGUCCGUCUGUCUGUGGGCAGAGUGGGGUCCGCGUGUGAGUGAGAGCGGGAGUAUUUAUGGAAAUAAAACGUCCUUUUUCCUGGA